AUGAAGUUAACUGCUGCUUUGAUCGUACGUGUUGUCUUUGCAAAUGGAGACAUACUACCUUUCGUAAGAAUGUUCAGGUUUGCGAUUGUGCAUGCACCUGGUCGUUGCUACAACUGGGGUCUUCAUGGACAUUGCCCUCGAGAUUUGCCUGCUGGUGACAGGAAGAACAAAUGUAAACGAUUUGGAGAGUGGGGUCACAUGGAGAGUAACUGCGAUAACAGUCCUAAGAAGCUCAGGUUUGUUCUCUUCGAUGGCGUUGAGAGCAAUGUCAUGUGA